CACCUUUGACAGAUUUAUUAGCCAAUAGAAAUUUGGGUUGCUUUUAUUUAGCUUUUUAUCUCGCUUUUUUUUCAAAUAUCCAUUUUUGAACGAUCAACGUUCUGGAGCAACCAUCGUCAUGGACAACACACAGAGAAUGAGGCCUGCACGUGUACAAGUAUCCCAAGCUGAACUUGAUGAAUAUCUUAGAGAAAAGAGACCUGAAGGAGGAACAUAUAACAUUUGGCAUCAUCGUUACUCUGGUCUGGAAAGAGAUUUUCAUAGACACAGCGUGAGACCAAAGUUCAAAGUCAAUAUUGCUAGAGAUUCAGGCGAGACACUCGGCUCAAAGAACAAAAAUGCAUACUUCUGCUUAUUUUUUGCCAAAGGCAUGUGUGCAAAAGGGCACAAUUGUACAAUGUGGCACCGGAUUCCUACAGAAAAUGAUAUGAAAGAGACAACGAUCGAUUGUUUUGGACGUGACAAAUUCACUGAUUUUCGUCAAGAUAUGGGCGGCGUAGGUGGUUUUAUGCGGGAAAACAGAACUUUGUACGUUGGUCGAAUUGCACAGACAAAAGACAUAGAGGAUGCUGUUAGACGUCAGUUUGGCCAAUUUGGGCCCUUAGAAAGAGUUAGGAUUUUGAGAGGACGUGGAGUUGCAUUUGUUACUUAUAAAACUAGGGCAAAUGCUGAAUUCGCAAGGGAGGCUAUGAUGAACCAAAGUUUAGAACAUAACGAGAUUCUCAAUGUCCGCUGGGCAACUGCAGAUCCUAAAGCAGCCAAUCGUUUGAAUAUGAAAGACCGUUCAGAGCAAGAAAUGUUAGAAGCUAUGGAAGCUUUUGAGAACGGAGAGUUUGACGAGCAAGAUAAUGAAGCAGAACUGCCCGCCGAGUUUACAUCUGUCAAGAGGGCAUUAGAAAAAGAUGAAUCAGCGAAAUUAGAGGAAAGUUCAAAGAAACAGAAAGCCGAAUCAGAGACUGUAGCUUCUCCGACGUACAAUUUCAAUGCGACUUAUGAAUAUUCACAAGAAGAUUACGAUCGUUAUUAUCAGCAAUAUUAUCAACAACUACAGGAACAGCAGAAACGAAUAGACGAAUCAGAGAAAGUAGGAGGUAUCAUUCCUCAGAAAGUAAUUACAAACUUGAAGGAGUUUUCGAAAAACAAUACUGUAACGAGCAGUAAGGAUAUCAGUAAACCUCAAAAUGCGACAGGAGCUCUGGGAAGCUUGGCGAAUUAUGGCAGUGAUAGUGAAGAAGAUUGAAAUUAUUGGGGAAAACCUAUUCACAUCAGCCUUUAACAUAUUCCAGGAAGGACCAGGAAUUUAUAUUGGCCUACUCCAGCUUUUCAGCUUUGCAAAUACAUACUAUUUGCUCUGAACAAGGAUGGAGGAUCAUCAUUUGUAAAUAAGUUUAUAAAGAAAAUAAAAGAAAAAAGAUAGCCCGCUCAAGGAAAAAGACGGUUUUUAUACUUUUUUGUUACUGCAUGCAGAAACACACACGCGUCUUUUUUUUUAA